AAAGCCAUAACUCAAGAAAAAAAAAUGGUGGUGAGUAUCAUAUCUCAAUCCAUUGUUAUCCCUUCCAAACCAACCCCUAAUCCAAAACUCUUUUCAUUAUGUGAACAAAUCAAGCUUCGUACUCAUGCUCCUCUCCUCUACGUUUACAACCCUCAUAACAACAUAUCAACCUUUCUUGAAACACUUAGAAACUCUCUUAGCCAUGUUUUGGUUAUUUACUAUCCACUAGCUGGAAGGUUGAGUUGGAUCAAAGAUAAAAGGUGGGAACUUAAUUGCAACGCUAAAGGAGCAAUUCUAUUAGAAGCUAAAUGUGAAACUAACUUGAAAGAUUUGGGUGAUUUUGUGCCAACUAAUUUGGUGUCACAACUCAUACCAAACAUUAAUUAUGAUGUUCCAAUUGAGGAUGUUCCAUUAUUGGUGGUGCAACUUACGAGGUUCCGUUGUGGCGGUUUUACGUUAGGCGUUGCUUUAUGUCGAGCCGCGACGGAUGGAAUGGCUACCAUGCACUUCAUGAGCGCAUGGGCUAAGUUGGCGCGUGGGGAGUAUGUGGACCCUAAUGACUUUCCGUGUCAUGAUCGAAUUUUGUUAAAUUCACGUAAAUCAACAAAUUCAUCAAUAUUGCAUCGUCAUCCGGAGUUUGAAGCGCCUCCAAAUUGGAUGUCUCAUGACUCGGGAGACAAUAAAGAAACUAGUGUUACUAUUAUGAAACUCAAGCGAGAACAAAUUUUAAAACUUAAGAAAAAUAUUGAUUCUCACCUGAGUUUUCAAUCCACCUCCAAAGAUGUUUCUAGAACAAAACCUUUUACAACUUUCGAGGUUAUUGCAGGACAUCUUUGGAGGUGUGUCACUAAAUCACACUACUCGCGUGGAAGUAGUGACCAACCGACAAGGCUGUCCACUUUGGUUAAUUGUAGAAAUCGUUUAAAACCACCUCUUCCUAGUAGUUACAUUGGAAAUACAGCAUUUCCGACCGUGACACCAACUCGCUCCUUUAACGAUCUUAUUUGCAAACCUUUGGGUUACGCGGUGGAAGAUGUUAGGAACGCACUUGAGAGGGUGACAGGAGAGUAUGUAAUGUCAGCACUUGAUUAUAUAGAUAGUGAGAAGGACAUGAAAUUAUUAAGAUAUAACUUUCACUACCCUGCAAAGAGUGUGUGUGAGGAGGGAGAAUACAAAGGGAGUCCAAAUUUAUUUGUUGUGAGUUGGAUGAAUUUUUCAUAUAAAGAAGCAGAUUUUGGGUUGGGAGAACCUUUUUAUUUUGGGCCAGGGUACAUGGAUUCUGAAGGAAAGGCAUUUGUUAUGAAUAAUAACAAUGGUGAUGGUGUUGUGGUGGCAAUUUCUUUGGAGGCAUCUUAUAUGGAUAUAUUUAAGAAGUUCUUUUAUGAGGAUAUCAAUGAGGUGUUUUGUAGUUCUAAAUUGUGAUGGGUGUGGUCCAUCUAAAUUUGGUUAGUUGAAUUUCAAAGUCAUGGAUAAAGAGUUUUGGUUGUAUUACUAAAUAAUGUUGGCAAAGAAAGUAGUGCGGUUGUUUUGAUAAUGUUUGCUUACAUUAUUAAAUGUUUAAUUUUGAGAUAAGUUUUGACUUGAAAAUUCAGAAUUAAUAUCACCCAAAUCUGUUGAAAGGUGGCUUA